AUGGUCAAAGCAGUCGUUCUCGGGGCCUCCGGAGGCAUUGGCCAACCAUUGUCGUUGCUUCUCAAAGCAAGCCCUCUGAUCGACGAGCUUUCGCUCUAUGAUGUCGUCAAUACACCAGGUGUCACCGCCGACCUAUCUCACAUAUCUUCCGUCGCAAAAAUUACCGGCUACUUGCCCGCAGAUGACGGAUUGAAAAAGGCUUUGACCGGGGCUGAUGUCGUAGUCAUUCCCGCUGGCAUUCCUCGCAAACCUGGAAUGACUCGCGAUGACCUGUUCAAGAUCAACGCCGGUAUCGUCCGUGACCUGGUCAAGGGUAUUGCAGAGUCCUGCCCAAAAGCCUUCAUUUUGGUCAUCUCCAACCCUGUCAAUUCUACGGUCCCAAUCGCAGCCGAGGUCUUGAAGCAAGCGAAUGUCUACGACCCCAAACGACUUUUCGGUGUGACUACUCUCGACGUCGUCCGAGCCGAAACUUUCGUACAGGAUAUCACCGGGGAGAAAGAGCCUUCCAAGACUGUCAUCCCUGUCAUCGGAGGGCAUUCUGGCGAGACGAUUGUGCCCCUCUUCAGUCUGGCCAAGCCCGCGGUGAAUGUCCCUGCUGACAAAUAUCCUGCUCUGAUCAAGCGUGUGCAAUUUGGUGGUGAUGAGGUCGUUGAAGCAAAGGGAGGAGCGGGAUCUGCAACUCUCUCAAUGGCAUACGCUGGGUUUCGCUUUGCCGAGCAAGUCAUCAAAGCAAGCAAGGGCGAGAAGGGUAUUGUCGAGCCCACCUUCAUCGAUCUGAAUGGUGUUUCUGGCGGAGAUGCCAUCGCUAAAGAGACUGGAGUGGACUUUUUCUCUGUACCAGUGGAGCUCGGGCCAUCCGGCGCCGAAAAAGCCAACAAUAUCCUGGGCAGCUUAAGUGAGGAUGAGAAGAAGUUGCUAGAACCUGCAAAGACGGGCUUGAAAGGCAAUAUCGCAAAGGGCAUCGAUUUUGUGCACAACCCACCACCGAAGUGA